AAACAGAGUUAAAGAGAGAGAAUUAAAAGCAGGAAGGAGAUAGAGAGAGAGAAUACAGUUUCCACUCCAUUUUGAAUGUAGUCAAUUGCUAAAACGCUACUCUAGACGCCGGAAGAACAUUCUUCUCACAGUAGAUUUCCGUCUCUUCAUCUUCCUUGCCGGUCAGGGGCUUCUUCACCGAUCUUCCAAUAAUUCCGUAAACGAGUGUAUGAUCGAUCAGCUAUUCUCUCUUCACCAGAUUAAUCAUCUAUCUAUCUCUAUCUAUAUGUUUGUGUUUGCUGUUGUUUCUUCGAGACGGAAUAGGACAGGAACUGUCACCAUGGAGGCCUUUAAAAGGCAAGCGAGCAAGCUCAGAGAACAAGUUGCUAAACAGCAGCAGGCGCUUAUGAGACAAUUAGGACGUCUAGGGGAGGAGCCUGAUCUAGUAGAUGAAUUUGAAGAUGAAUAUCAUCAACGUCUUCUAAAGUUACACAAUUCAACUACAACCGCCAAGCAUUUUCAGAAAGAUAUUGUUCGUGGUCUAGAGGGCUAUAUAUCAAUUGGAAAAAAACAAAUGGAGAUUGCAAAAAGGUUGGCUGAAGAUUGCUGCAGACAUGGCAUUGAGAAUCAGAAUUCUGUAUCUGCUCUUGCAAGGGCUGCUCAACAAUUUGGCAUAUCACACAAAGAAAUGGAAAGCGAGCGACAAACAAUGCUUGGCGUACUUGGUGAUCAGGUUUGUGAACCACUGCGCAAAUUAAUAGCAGGGGCGCCUUUGGAGGAUGCUCGCCAUUUGGCUUAUCGCUAUGAAAAACUUUGUCAGGAGAUGGAAGCUCAGGCUUCAGAAGUACUAAGGCGACGAUCAAAGUAUGGAGAUCCUUCUGCUCCAGCAGAGUAUGCAAUUAAGCUUCAAAACUCUGAAAACAAAUUGAAUGAACUGAAAUCAUCGGUAAAGGCUCUUGGUAAGGAAGCAAUUACUGCUAUGUUGUCCGUGGAGGAUCAUCAGCAGACAGUUACUUCCCAGAAGCUCAAAACAAUGGUUGAUGCUGAGAAAUCUUAUCAUCUGAACAUUAUUGCUGCUUUAGAUAAUCUUCAUGCUAAGAUGAUGCUGGAGAAUCAACAGAAUGUGACGGAAAAGCAAGGUCUUCAUGUUUCUGUUAGUUUGAAUGGUGGUGGUGGUACCCAUAAGGACAACCUAGAUCAUGACAACUACUUUGUUGCAAAAGUUUUACAUGGAUUUGAUACUCAAACUGCGGGCGAGUUGAGCCUUUCAAAAGAGGACUAUGUUGUAGUUCGCCAGGUAGCUCCAACUGGAUGGUCUGAAGGGGAGUGUAAUGGAAGAGUGGGAUGGUUUCCAUCUGCAUAUGUAGAGAGAAUAGAUAAUGCUCAAGAAGGAACAGUAAUGAAGGAAAACACUUAAAAUGCCAUCUUCUUUUGAAGAUUGUGUAUAUUUUCCAUGUUUUUAGGAAAUUGAUUCUUAUAACCCUUAAUAUAUAUAUCUAUAUGUGUAAUUAAAACCCACAAAUGUUUUGCCAC